AUGCCUUUAGUGAAGAGGAACAUCGAACCCCGGCACCUGUGCCGUGGUGCUCUGCCAGAAGGAAUCACCAGUGAGCUUGAAUGUGUAACCAAUAGUACCCUCGCCGCAAUCAUCCGCCAGCUAAGCAGUCUGAGCAAGCAUGCAGAAGACAUAUUUGGUGAGUUGUUUAAUGAGGCUAACAACUUCUACAUCCGAGCAAAUUCUCUUCAAGACAGAAUUGAUCGCCUUGCCGUCAAAGUCACCCAGCUGGACUCCACAGUGGAGGAGGUCUCACUGCAGGAUAUCAACAUGAAGAAAGCGUUCAAAAGCUCCACCAUCCAAGAUCAACAGGUGGUUUCCAAGAACAGCAUUCCCAACCCUGUUGCUGACAUUUACAACCAGAGUGACAAGCCUCCGCCUCUGAACAUUCUCACACCGUACAGAGAUGAUAAGAAAGAUGGGCUGAAGUUCUACACGGAUCCCUCUUACUUCUUUGACCUCUGGAAAGAAAAGAUGCUGCAGGACACAGAAGACAAGAGGAAGGAGAAACGGCGUCAGAAGGAGCAAAAACGUGUAGAUGGCACCACCCGUGAGGUGAAAAAGGUUAGAAAAGCCAGAAACAGGCGCCAGGAGUGGAAUAUGAUGGCGUAUGACAAAGAGCUUAGGCCCGACAACAGGUUGUCUCAGAGUGUGCACCACGGAGCAUCCUCCGAGGGAUCUCUGUCCCCAGAUACUAGGUCUCACACAUCCGAUGUCACCGAUUACUCUUAUCCUGCUACUCCCAGCCACUCUUUGCAAGCACAGCCGACGACACCUUCCUGCACAGCUGGUGAUGCACCACUGCAUGGAACCACAAACCAAGGCGCUGAGCACGAGUACCGACCCUCGUCUGCCUCAGCAAGGCACAUGGCCCUAAACAGACCUCAGCAGCCACCACCCCCACCUCCUCCCCAGGCCCCAGAGGGGGCCCAGGCUUCUACAUCAGUGGCUCCUGCCGACUAUGGGAUGCUUCCAGCACAGAUUAUUGAAUACUACAACCCCUCAGGACCACCACCGCCUCCCCCUCCACCCAUGAUUCCUUCAGCACAAACUGCCUUCGUCAGCCCUCUCCAGAUCCCCACACAGCCCCCAUUCCCGGCCUCAGCUGCUUCCACGUACCCCGCCCCUUCCCACCAGCCCUCCACUGGGCUCUUGGCCACAGCACCACCACCUCCAGGCCCCCCACCUCCUCCACCUGGUCCUCCAGGCCCCUCUUCUCUUUCAUCCUCCCCACUGCAUGGUCCCCCUGUGGCUGAGGCAAAGCGCCCGGAACCUGCACAGCCACCCAUAAGUGAUGCAAGAAGUGACCUCCUGGCUGCCAUCCGGAUGGGAAUCCAGCUGAAAAAGGUUCAGGAGCAACGUGAGCAGGAAGCCAAACGGGAGCCUGUUGGGAACGAUGUGGCCACAAUCUUGUCCAGACGCAUCGCUGUGGAGUACAGUGACUCAGAUGAUGACUCUGAGUUUGACGAGAAUGACUGGUCCGACUGA